AACCGCGGUAAAUCCAAGCGGCUGCGUGGUGAUGGGUUUUGCAAUUAUGAUCGAUACUGUAGAGUUUGGUGAAAAGAGGACUCCUGCUAUUUGUUACGGCACAUUGAAAGAUACGUCCGUAUGUUGAGUGGAUGCAGAUGUGCGAGGUAAAUGAAACCCUCGGGGUAUUUCAGUUGCAAAUAUCGCAAAGAAGAUGUUACGACAACUGACCAACAACAAGAACGGCGUGAUGUAACGUGCAUCAGAUGUUUUGGCAAACGGUGCAAUAUUCAUUGUUUGACCAAUUAGGAUAGUUCAGUGUAUUUUACCUCCUAAGGACGGAAAACGUUUACUAUAAAAGUGCAAGCAUAUUGAAAGUCGGUAAAAAAUGUCAGCGAAGUUACCACUGAUGAAGAUCGUGUGGGAGUACUCUAGACUAUUUGCUGUUUGAGCACAUGGAUAAUUAAUUUGAAUUUUUCUAUGCGUAAACAAAAUUGAUUGCACAACAAUAUUUGUGCAGUUAAUCACAUUUUUUCAUUGAGGAGGAAGAGCGAUAAAUUUUCACUGGGAUGUACGAGUAUAUCUGAGAAAGAGAAACACGAUCAGCAUAGAAGGACAAUAUUUUAUUUAUUAACAAGUGAACACUUUUUGUGCCUAAAAAACUCUUGCUACCAGAGAUGACAAGACGCCACGCAAGAAUUGAUGGCGCAGAAUCUAUGUUUCAAAGGAAAUAAAUAUCGCAACGGUCUGGAAUGUUACGCAAGCAACACACCGACGGUAAGCCGUCGACCACACAUGGAACCAGAUAUAUCAGUGAAAAAGACCGCACACAUACCCUGCUUAUGCAACUCGUUCAAAAAUAAACUGUAAAGCAUGAACGACAGCAGGUAUCAGAAGAUCGGGAAGCGGAUUCUGGAGCAUGGUCAAAUGAUCCCACUUCUUGAUCCAGCCAAGAAGAUGCAGGCAGGAUCCCAUAAUAAAUCGGCCCUAACGUUGCCUAAUGACGUGCGCCACCUGCCUGGCAGUAAACCCAUGUCUUCCCUGGAGGAUAUAACCAUGGGUGAAGAUCAGAGCUCAAUUCAUAACGACGGAAGUUCCCUGCACGGCCACCACGACGGACCUACCAGCCCCAGGGGCAGGGGAGAGUCAAGAUGGCGCUACUACGUGUCCAAGAGGAGAACGACCAAAGUCAAAGGUGUCCACUUGAUGGCCGACUUCAAGACCAGUGGCCUGGGGAUCGACGAAAUGUCCCCCACCUAUCACACCGAGAGCCUUCUAAGGGGAGAGAAACAGAUCACCGUGGAUUGCAAUCGAGCUCUUAUACAUUAUUUUGCACAGCUUGGCUUGCUAAAGGACGUAGACAGUCUCGAUUUGGAUUUUGUAGAUUCACUGCUGACUUCCGGUGCCGAUGUCAAGUGCACAGACAAGAACGGCCAGACCGUGCUGCACGAGGUGGCGCGGGUGUGGCACGUGGACGUGGCGCGGUUCAUGGUAGAGAAGGGGGCGGACGUGAACCAGGCUGAUAUGUACGGCCGUACUCCACUCCAUAUAGCCGCCGCCGUGGACUAUCCGGAGAUGAUAGACUUUCUUAUAGGACAGGGAGCGGCGCGUGAGGCUCGCACAGCGGUAGAGAACCAAACCCCGGUCCACUUUGCCGCCAAGAACGAUGCCUGCCAGUCCCUGAAAACUCUAGUCAAGCAUCACUGUGAGUACAAACUGGUACGGGACUACAAGGGGAGAACACCGGUCCACCUGGCUGCUGAAUCCAAUCGUGCCGACUCGGCUCGGCUGCUCCUCGAUCUUGGAGCGCCAGCGUCCGUCAAAGACAACAGUGGCCAGACCGCCAUUGUGUGGAUGAUAACACGGAUGCCAGCCGUGGCCAAGAUAGGUCUAGACCAGUUCUACUUAAAGAACGGCACCAGACGCAGACAGUACUUUUACCUGAACCACCUUGAGACGCAGAAGCCAGGAGAACCUCUGGACGGGAGACCCAUGUCACCGCUGCAGGCUAUUGUGACAGCCAAACAGUUCGACCUCGUCAUGCAUCCGGUGGUUCAGCGGCUCAUCUCCAUACAGUGGCAGCAGUUUGGGAGGACAGGUGCCUGGUUAAACAUGAUGCUGAACCUUUUAUUCAUCUUGGUGUGGUCGGCCAUUGCUGUGGUGAAUGGUACGUACGUGGUGGAGGACCAGCAGAGAGAACAUGUCGGCUAUGAACUGCCACAGGAUGUCUGGAGGGUGGUGCUGAUAGGUAUUGGCGUUAUUUUGUGGCUCAUCCAGAUACAAGAAGGGGUUCAGAACACCUACACCUCCAUCAAGAAAUUUCAGAGGUAUAAAAAAUGGCGGCUUGGAGACUUACAGAAGGACAUCCAGUAUUGCCAUCCAAGAUGGCCAGAAGAGGAAGAGUAUCUGCAGGCGGAGAAGAAGGACUUGGAUCGCAGGAAACCACAUUAUUUUGAUGACUGGUGGAACGUAUUUGACUGGGUGAUCUACACGUUUCUGUUAGUUUCCCUAUUUUCCCACGUGACGGCGCUGUUCAUUCAUGAUCACGUGGUAUCCAGGACGAAUAUCCGGAUCAGCGUCAUCAACGUUAUCUUAAUAUGGCUGAGGCUAUUAAAAAGUGCUCGGGCGUUUUCUUUGCUCGGUCCGUUCAUCGUCAUGUUAGGUCACAUGCUGGGAGACGUGGUACGGUUUCUGUUCCUGUACCUCGAGUUUUACAUACCGUUUGCUAUUGCCUACUGGCUGGUGUUCGGGGGAGAGAAGAUCCAGGACGACUCGGAGGCGUUCCCCAACCCCUACCCCCACAAUACCACCGUGUACAUCAAGGGGUUUGAAGACCCUGCACGAAUGAUGUUCAGUCUCUUCAGGAUGACGCUGGUGGAGAACUACGACUACGAGGGUAUGAAGCGUGCAGAUUACAUCAUGGCUGACGUGUUAGUGGGGGCGUGGUUAGCUAUCUCCGCCAUUUUGUGUCUGAACCUGUUCAUUGCACUGCUGUCUGAUACAUUUCAAAGAGUGUAUGACAACGCCCAGGCGAACGCCAUGAUGUUAAAGGCGGUGACCAUUCUGAACGUGUGGACCCGGAUGUCCAAGCAGCGUAAAGAGAACUUCCGGUCCUUCAUCCACACCCAGUGUGCACCGGAGGAGAUUCCUUAUGACGAGUCGGCCACCUGUGAUGACGACGACCUGAAAAAAGUGGCCUUCCAAUUAAAGGAUGAGCUGGAGGACAUGAAGGAGUUUGUCCGGAUUGAGCUGAACAAAGUGGCCUUCAGCACAGCGUCCGACAGUUCUAAACUAGAGAUGAAGGACAAAAUAGAGGUUUUGCUAGCCGAUGUGAAGUACUCCAUCCUGAAUGCAUUCUUGGAGAAGAAAACGGACUGUCUAACCGAAGAAAAGUUUGAGACUGCACUGGCACCUAUCAGAGAUGAAAUAAAAACCUUCACCAACAAUCAGGAGACAUUAAUGACUGAAAUGGCGGCGCUCAAAGCCAUGAUUCAGCAAUUAGAAGUUAAACAGGCACCGCCGCCAGGCCUUCCACCCCAGGGGUUUUAUUCACUGCCCCACCCUCGCCACCGGACGUCGUCUUACUCGCGGUCCAGGAGGAGGGGGUCCCCGUCACCCGCAAGGUCAGAGAGGUCCCGCAAGAGCGACAGGCAGUCGGAGAAAAGAAGGGAGAAGAAAUCCAGUCGCCGUAGAAGCAGAGAUGAAGACCGUGGCUCUUCACCCAGCGGGGAUGAUGUCGCCCAGGGGCUGCAGUCGAGUUCUAGCACCAGUACAUUGACGGAACCCAGUCCACCCACGCCCCGCAGACGACACUCAUCUUCCAAAUCAAGAUCUAAAUCAAAAACUCCAAGCCAAAAAGGAUCAUUGCCAAGGAAGUCAAAGCGGUGACGGAAACAAGCAAAAGAAGAAAUAAUGAAUACGGAAAGCGGAAAAACGUGAAAUAAAAUGAAAAAAAGGAAAAACGUGGUGAACAGGAGAAGCUUGUCUUGUCACAUUUGCGACCGCAAGCCAUCUGGAGGUCACAAACAGACCUUGUAGUGGUGGACACUAGGGUUUGUGCAGUGCCAUUUGAUUUGACUUUGAUUCGAUCGAAAGUGAAAUAAAUGCCCAAAGGAGUAUUAUACGCUUUAAACCUUUAAGGAGCAAAGAAAGAGAAGAUUUAAAAACUCGGAAACGGGUUUGGAGACCGUGAUUUUUCCGGCAGUACUACGGUGAUUAAAGACAACUUUGCCACAAUGUAUGUAAACAAACUAUGUGCUUUCAUGGUUUAAGGUUUUCUUAUGGUCAGAUACAAUAGCACACCCGCUUACGGUUAGUUGUAAGAACAAAUAUGACUGUGGCUGAGAUAAGGUUAAGGACCAAAAUACCCCGAUCAUCCGUCAUUUAUAUUAUAAAAAACACGGAUGUCCUUUAUCGCCAUAUUACUUUGUAAGUAUACACAUGCAGAUUGCAUCAAUAGUGAUAUGUGGCUCGUGAGAGGGUCUUUUCGUUUUCCCUGAUAGUUUUAGUGUGAAAAUUUGUAAAUAAAUUUCAGUAAUUUUGAAAAUUAAUUAAAUUAAUGGACUUUAUGCCACAUUACUUUGGGCACCUUAACCAUAAGCGAACAUUUGAGUUCGGACGAAAAUGCUUCUUUUUUUAAAAAAUCAAGUAUUUUAUUAAGCUAUUUGAUUUGUUUUCUAUAGUUUAGUGCAGUGUUAGUAGUGAAUCACGUUUCUAAUAUCAGCAGACCACCAAUUUACAGGCCAGCAAUACGCGUGCGGUUAUUGUGAACAUUUAAACUUUAAUAAUAACAUAUUCACUAUCUCUAUUGAUUGUUAUUGCCUCAGGAUAAUGGCGUCGAAAGAUUUAUACAUAUUCAGUAGUCAAUUUUUUGUUGUCUUAGGUUUUGAUGUAUUUUGUAAUUGUUUCUAUUCCCAUUUGUGUCGUUCAACCUAUGAGCAUAUGAAGCAUGGGACAUAUAAUGUUUAUAUUUGUAUGAUACUGUUCACACGUUACUACUAGUGACUCGCUGCUUUCUACUGCAGUGUGGAUGGUACUUUAUUUUUCCCUACAUCAUGAAAAAUUCAAACAUCAUUUUGUCAUUUUUCUGUUCAAAUAAAUAAAUUGUAUUUCAUAGUUUGUUAAGUGUUUAUGACACUAUUCUCAAUUUGACCAUGCAAGGGACAGCAAACUGUCAGCGAGGUCA